AUGAAGAACGACAAGCCGAACCUGGAAAGUGACUUCUACAAGCAACACAACCCGAACUCUGAGUACCAAAAGAAGCAAGACAAGACCAGAGUGUUCCGAUGCGCCGUCUGCGACAAGGAGAUCGCUAGUUUCAACGGAUACUCGGGACAUCAGCGUUCAAAGCAUGGGUUCAGAGGAGCCGAGAGCCCGCUCUGGGCGGACGAGCUUCUCAGCUGA